CCCGCCCCGCCCCGCCGAGCCGCCACCUGCCCGCGCCGCACGACAGGGGCAGCCAUGGGCAAGCACAGCAGCAAGCUGGCCCCGGAGAUGCUGGAUGACCUGGUGAGGAGCACGGAGUUCAGCGAGCAGGAGCUGAAGCAGUGGUACAAGGGCUUCCUCAAGGACUGUCCCACCGGCAUCCUCAACCUGGAGGAGUUCCAGCAGCUCUACAUCAAGUUUUUCCCCUACGGAGACGCCUCCAAGUUUGCCCAGCACGCUUUCCGCACCUUCGACAAGAACGGGGAUGGGACCAUCGACUUCAGGGAGUUCAUCUGUGCCCUGUCUGUCACCUCCAGGGGCACCUUUGAGCAGAAGCUCAACUGGGCCUUUGAGAUGUAUGACCUGGAUGGGGACGGGAAGAUCACACGCUUAGAGAUGCUGGAGAUCAUUGAGGCCAUUUACAGGAUGGUGGGGACUGUGAUCAUGAUGAGGAUGAACCAAGAUGGGCUGACACCCCAGCAGCGUGUGGACAAGAUCUUCACAAAGAUGGACAAGGACAAGGACGACCAGAUCUCCCUGGAGGAGUUCAAGGAGGCUGCAAAGAGUGACCCCUCCAUCGUCCUCCUCCUGCAGUGUGACAUGCAGAAAUAGAGCCCUGGGGCUCAGUACUGGACUGGCUGCAGCCAACCUCUGCUCCCUGUGCUGGUUUCAAUGCCCAUUUUUUGCUGAGCCCCUCUGUGCCCCCUUGGCCCCAGGCAUCAGCCACGCUCCAUUCGUCCUGCUGCCCAUCCACCUCUGCUCCAGCUGUAUCCUGGACAGCUCACAUUCCAUACCCUCGAAGGGUAGAGCCUGCUCUGGGUAUUGUCAGCUUGAGGUUACCCCAAAUCAAUCUUAUCCCAUCCUGGAGCUGGAUUCCCUGCAGCCAGUGACAAGU